AUGAUUCAGGACAUCCUCAAAGGUCAGCUUGAUGAAAAGUUUUGGGAAGUAAUGGCUGCUACCAAAUCCAGGAAGAGAAAAAAUAUUGUGGAUCCACCUGUUGUUCCAGAUACCAUUGAUGUUGGUACUUCUACUAAGCGAAAGAAGGACAAAGAGCAUGUUGAUGGUUGUCACGCAUCAGAUAUGGUUGUAGCUCACAACAUUGCUAUACUUGGGUUGGUUGAAUCGGUUAAGAACCUUAGUGCAAAAAUAGAUGGAAUAGAUGUUAAUGUAGCUGACAAGGUUAGCGAGAAACUGGAUGCAACCAUACAAGCUAAAGUGGAUGCUAAGGUCGGUUUAUAUGAGAAAGAGAUGAUGGAGAAGAUUGCCAUGUUGGUGGAAGACAUAAAGAAUCUGAAAGAGAAGGCUUAUGUAAACAUUCAUACUGAUGUGGCUAACUCCAAUGAUCACAACUCCAUUGCGCAAGAAGAGGAUGAUGAUUCUAGCAAUGCCUUGUCAUGGAUGAUUGAGAAGAAGAUAAAUUCACAAGAUGGUUUACCACUUCAGUGUGUUGUUAAGAAGGAGAAAAAACAAGUAAGGCUAUGGAGACGAAG